CUGAGUUGUCUUGGAGAUUAGAAUUCAGGCUCCGAAGAAAAACCCUGAGGAAUUCUUUAUUGGAUAUAACAGAGAGUGGAAGCUGUACGUGACCUGUAGAGAAUGUGGCCUGGAUAUAAAAUCCUCAUCUUCUCUUAUCUUAUUACAGAAAUUUGGAUGGAGAAACAGUAUGUAUCUCAAAGAGAAGUGGACCCCGGAGCCGAUUUCACUAGCAAUCACAGCAUUUUGGAAGGUACUCGAUUCAAAAGAGCCAUUUUCAAAGGGCAAUACUGUAGAAGUUUUGGGUGCUGUGAAGACAGAGAUGAUGGCUGUGUCACUCAUUUCUAUGAGGUGAAUGCACUGUGUUACUGUGAUAAAUUCUGUGAAAGGGAGAAUUCUGAUUGCUGUCCUGAUUACCAGUCUUUUUGCCGUGAAGAGAAAGAAUGGCCUCCUUACACAAAGCCUUGGUAUCCAGCAGGUUGCCUCAGAGAGGGUCAACAUUAUGAAGAAGGAUCAGCAAUUAAAGAAAACUGUAACUCCUGCACAUGUUCAGGACAGCAAUGGAAAUGUUCUCAGCAUGUAUGUCUUGUUGAACCAGAAUUAAUUGAACAUGUCAAUAAAGGAGAUUAUGGAUGGACUGCCCAGAACUACAGUCAGUUCUGGGGAAUGACUUUAGAAGAAGGUUUCAGACACCGCCUUGGCACCUUGCAGCCCAGCUCCACACUCCUGAGCAUGAAUGAAAUGACAGCUCCUUUACCUGCAGUCAGUGACCUUCCAGAGUUUUUCAUUGCUUCUUAUAAAUGGCCUGGAUGGAUUCAUGGCCCAUUGGAUCAAAAGAAUUGUGCUGCAUCAUGGGCAUUUUCCACUGCAAGUGUGGCUGCUGACCGAAUAGCAAUUCAGUCUAAGGGGCGAUACACAGCCAAUCUGUCUCCUCAGAACUUGAUUUCUUGCUGUGCCAAGAACCGCCAUGGAUGCAACAGUGGAAGCGUCGAUAGGGCUUGGUGGUACCUGAGAAAACGUGGACUGGUAUCUCAUGCAUGCUACCCACUCUUCAAGGACCAGAAUGCUACUGGCAAUGGCUGUGCGAUGGCAAGCAGGUCUGAUGGGCGGGGAAAACGGCAUGCCACAAAGCCAUGUCCCAACAUCAUUGAGAAAUCUAACAGGAUCUACCAAUGCUCUCCUCCAUACAGAGUCUCCUCCAACGAAAUUGAAAUAAUGAAAGAAAUCAUACAUAAUGGACCAGUUCAAGCCAUCAUGCAAGUCCAUGAGGAUUUCUUCCAUUACAAGUCAGGGAUAUACAGACAUGUCACCAGCACAAAUGAAGAAUCAGAAAAGUAUCGAAAGCUUCGGACACAUGCAGUCAAACUCACUGGGUGGGGCACACUGAGAGGAGCCCAAGGGCAGAAAGAAAAAUUCUGGAUUGCUGCCAAUUCCUGGGGAAAGUCAUGGGGAGAGAAUGGCUAUUUCAGGAUUCUUCGAGGAGUAAAUGAGUCUGACAUUGAAAAGUUGAUUAUCGCAGCUUGGGGCCAUCUAAAUUCAGAUGAGACCUAAUAUAUUAAAUUUCCAUAGGCCGUGCAUUUAAGUAACCCCUUAGACUGAAAUUAAGCACUGUGAGGUUCUCCGUGACAGUGGAUUCUUUGCCCCUUCACCUUGUGAUUAUAAUCUGCCUGUUUUAUUGUUUUACCCCAGGCCCCAUGCUUCUGUUUUCUUUACAUUACUGAGUAUACCAAAACACAGAGAGAACAGCAAAGUGGCUACAAACCUUUAAAGUUCCUUUCUAUCUUUACUCUUCUCCCAUGACAAUGUCUUUUUUCACUGGGUAGUUCACAAAGGGCGUGAUGGCACUUGUCUUAAAAGUUCAGAGCAUUCAUUUGUAAAUGUACGGUUCUUCUCUUUGACCAAGGAAGACUACAGACAACAAAAGCAAUGGAAAUGUUAAUUUACCAUCUUUACGCUUUUUUCCAACCAAAUAAUGCCUUUUUAAUUCAGAGCUUGUUUGUUUUCCCCAAAGCAAUGAAAAUAGAUGAUUAAUUGUUUCUCUCAAUAAGCUAAUGUUUUGUUUCUUCUCAUUUGCCUAAACCUAAUUUGCAAUCCGGACACAAAAGGAAAGCGACUCUCCACAGCAAAUAACUACUCUUUAUGGUGCUGUGUGAUGGCACUUAUGUGGAGAAGAUGGUAAGUAUGGAACAGCUCAAAGGCUAACAGAAGUGCAGUCUAGACACAUAGACACCUAGCUUGUGGAAGCCAAUACACUUUGUGUAAAGUCUAUUAAACUCAGCUGAAAAACUGUUUGGAAAGAUAAUAUAUUUAUCUCUCCAAACAACAGUAUGAUGCAUGAGUCAGAUGGAAAAAAAAACACUUUUAUCACAAGCGUUGUAUAGCUCACUGCUUGAGAUGCUAGAAGGUCAGCUAAAUUGGUCUUACUUUCAAUCUAAUUUUUAGUUUCCUAUAGUUAGGGAAAAAAAUAGCAUCAUCAUAACGGCCUGGAAAGAAUAUAAUCUUUUCAUAAUUCACUGGCAUCUUAGAUGGUAAACUGACGAAUGAAGAAGCAAAGCUGAUCAGUAAGUGAGCAUGGUCAAUUAUAACUACAGUGGUGGGACAUCUAUGGCCUUUGUUUCUCAGCACUUUUCAGCUUAAUUUUCAGUGUGUGGCUUUUCUAUAUCGUUGCGCCCAAAGGUGCCCUGGUUAGAUAAGCCAGCUGUGAUGUGAACAGGGGAGGAAGCAGACACAGAAAUGAGUGCUGCAGCAACUGCUGUUUUCUCCGUUUGUCACUGCAGCUUUAUUCACAUGGUUACUCCCUGGAAAAUAUCCAUGAGGAGGAUUUGUGUCCCAUUGCUGAGCUAGGGGAUCCCCCCAAGUCCCAAAGCCCCCACAGCUAUUGCCUGGGGGAUGAGAGAAGUGGAGCAGGUUCAUUGAGGGUUACUUUGCAUAUCUGAAGAACCUUCUAGUGAGGUUAAGUGACUGUGCCUGUUCAGAACCAAAGAGAUGGUCAUGACUCCAACCCAGGAUACCAUUGUAGAUUGAGGAGCUUCCCAAACCUGCAGGAGAGCAGGAAGGCAGUUAGCUGAUUUUCACUUCGAGGCCUGCCUAGACUAACAAAGGCAGCGGAAAAAGGCAGGGGAAACCAGACUACUGGUAGGUGUAACCCAGUAAUGGAGGAGUUAAAAAUGGGAUUAUGGAGGAAGAUCCACACUGGAAUUUAAACCCAGGUGUGGGAUAGCUAUUACACUCUUGACAGUAUGGCUUGGGAAGGAGAAGCCUCUUGACCAUGUAGCAGUAGUGAGGGGUCUUGGCCACGUGGUUUGAAAGAAUGCAGAAGGGUUCCCUGGCACACUAUGAGGACGUGGUUUUAGAUUAAGAGCAGGAGCCUAGCUAGCUCAGUAUGGACAACCAGAUAAGCCACAAUACAGACAGGAGUCUGCCCAGCUAAGCUACAUACCUGUAUUUCUUCUCCUGAAAGAUGGUAUCUCUGACUGGUCUGGUUUGGCCAGAAGAGCACGACUGUGUGUUUGUGGGUAUUUCUUUGUUUCUAAAGCAAGAGGGAUUUUGAUGGCAGAAUUCUGCCAUCAUUCUAAAUCUGUAUAACUUUUGAAUAAAUAGUUCCUUUCCUUUUCGUAA